AUGGAUCUGAACACGGCGUGGCUAGAAGUGGCGCGUUUCCAGGAGACGGGCAUCGCUACUUCGGGGCAUCUGUAUGCGAACGACCAGGAGAAUGCACUGGUGCACGACUUCCUGGAGAAGAUUCCGAUAGCGAUGCUGUUUGCUUGUCUCCAGGACGCUAGCAACCGUGGAUCCGCCAAGCAGGUGAAGCAAACGUGUGACUGCAUUAACCGCGUAUUGGGCACCGAGGGCGACGGCACGAGCCUUUUCUUCCAACCGGACAUUGUGCCGUUUGUACUGGCUGGACUAGCACACGUCGAGAAGGAGGCGAGAACACUUGUGGUGAAUCAGUUCAUUGCACACUUAGGCAGGAAGCCGUCGCUGGACCAGGUCAGAGUCGUGGCAGACCCACUGGUUCUGGAGCAGGUGUGCGCUAUAAUUGCGGAUGAAGACAUCGAGGUGGCUUCCAAGGCCUCGACAGUGUUGGAGAUGUUCUCAAACACCUCUGACAGUGGGAUAUAUCAAGCGGUGCUGGACUCGCUGGAGGCUAAAGCGCAAAGCAGUGAAAUUACAGAGAACUCAAUUGAAUUCAUGCGGUAUUUGGAGACAAUUGUGAAGAUCUGCGCACAGAAAGAUGAGCACAUGGAAUAUGGCACCUCUUCAGGUGCUAUUGACUUGGUUUUGAACUGCCUAAAGUCGGACGACCCGCUGUUCUUGAUGAAUGUUGUCGACUUGGUGCCGGCUGUUUGCCAGACUAAGAUCGGUGUUCAGUAUAUUUUCCAGUCCGGAACGUUAAAGACUUUGCUUGCGAUGACAGAAGAUCCAUUUGUCGGAGGCAAUGCAGUCCGACUCGUGGGCGAAGUGUCGGCUACAGCGGCCAGUUUGAAUAUCGAGUCGUGGAGUUGGAGCGAUGCCACACUCUCGAAGGCUUUUCUGGAGACUGUGGAGAGUAAAAUGCAGAGUUCGGAUUCAUUACAGCAGAUUGCAGCGAUGGACGCUUUGGCAGCAUUUGCAUCCUCUUCCGAUAAAGAACUCCAACUUUUGCUUCAGCACCGAAGUAUUUGCCAAAUGUGGCUACAGCUCGGUAGCAGUGCCAAGAUGCCGGUCAAAGCCAAUUGUUACCACUCACUGGCGCGCGUGAUCGGUGCACAUACACGGCUCUCGAAGCAGCCUGAACAAAUGCCCGAAGAGAAUGCGGGGGUCUGGAACUUGUGCGAGCGGUUGUUCAAUAGUCUAGGCUCGGAAUGCGGUCAGCAGUCUACGAUGGUUCUGUUCAUGAACGCGUUGAAGCAGCCAUUCGAAGAGCUACGGACAUCCGUCUUCCACGUUCUACGUUCCGUGGCAGCACAGAACAAUCCAUGGGGUAUGCGAGCUUUGCUCUCGUACGGUGGCUUCUUCGAGUUCUUAAUGGACCGUACCACCGAGCCGACUAAGGAGACGCGCGAGUGGAAGUUCGCAGUACUGGACGCUGUACUAGGCUCGCCAUUCCAGCCGCUGUUGGACGCAUCUUUACGGGAAAAGCUGCAAGCGAGUCUGCGCCGAGGUCCCUACGCUGGCGCAGCAGCCCCGGCCGAGAUGGAGCUCGAGUCGGCCUAA